AUGGCUUCUUUCUAUGGAGAUCCUGUCCCUGGGGGACGCGCCCUUACACUCGAGGACCCUGUUAGCUUUAGAUUCUCAACCCAUUUUGCCUCUCGUCCUGCAAGGUUCCGAGGAGGGGUAAACUCACCCGGCGCAGAUCAUGCGAAAUACACCGUGACGAAGAACGGUCAUGCGAUUGUGUCUCCGAAGGAUUUGUUAUCUGGUCUUUAUGCUUGGAGCUUCGGUGCUUUGGGGGCUGCCCGCGAUCAGCCAUUUGCCUAG